CAGUAAUUUCACUCCAUAAAUGGUCAGUUCAUUUCAAAAUGCUUGGAAAAUAUAUCGUUUUGUUAAUUCCGAUCAGCGCUUAUGGGAUAUAUCCGUACUUUGAUACUCAAGACUUUAUCUACAAUGUUCCGAAGGUGUAUAGAAUAUCUUUAACUUUGGAUAAGCUUCUUGGGUAUUAUGAAAAGAAGCCUUCGAAGGAUCCCGAAUUUCACAUCACACUUGGGUUGGCGAGAGGCCAAUUAGAAUAUGUAAUAAAUGAAUUAGAUGCAUCAGUGCCAAAUAAGCUGAAGGAGAAUCUGCAGAAUAUAACGAGACGAAUGGAUCGUAUUCGAAACAAAACUGACUCUGGAACAUUUGUGUACCGAAGCAAAGACUAUGAAUAUGUUGCCAAGGCAAUAUUUGAGAACAUGGAUGUACUUGCGUCUGUUAUGGAGCCUCUCACACUGGGGACUAUGGGAACGCAGAAGCCGUUUCGAUUUGAUUUCGAACAAUAUGUUCAAGAAGCUCGGACUAAAAUGCCCAGUCGAAAGGCAGCAGACGCCUGUAUGAUGCAGCUGUUGAUAUCAGCAAUGGAAACACAGACAACACAGACUGACGGUUCUUGUGAACUGAGCCCGGAAUGCAGCAGCCAAAUAAUGCAGGGUUCAGGCUUGGCAUUUCAACAGACCAGUAGGGUGAGAGCCCUAAUAUUGGCCCGUAUAUUCGACUGCAUGGAAGGUGUCGAUCUAGCAGCAAACAUUUACAAGUUGUGCAUUCAAAUCUACAAAGAGACAAAAUCUCUUGAGGCUUGGAAUCACCCACCUGGGACAAAAACCUUGUUUAUGCAACAAAUUAACUAUUGCGCUUCACAAGGCUACGGAGAAUUCAUAAAGCCACGUUGGAUGAACAAAAUAAUAUCUUGGCAGGAGCCCAAAGGUUGCUUCGCAGAUGAUCGCCAACCAUUUCUCAGACUUACUGGAUUUGUGGGUCCGGGAGCUCCAGCAGCAAAAACUGAUAGAGAGGAAGAAUAUAAAAUAAAGAAGGUGGCUGCAUCAGAAGGAGGCUCAUGUAAUUCACUUUCCUCAGCCAUGGCACUCAGCUCCCUCGUCAUAUAUAUCCGGGCGCUGUUGGAAACUGAUCAAGCAUUUCAAUACGAUGUAUUAACAUAGGUUUAACAUAUACUUAAUUAUAUUACUUAACUUAAAAUAAAACAUAUACAAACUGG